CUGGACAAGAACCAUGGUCUCCUUGAGUCUUGCACAGUUUAAACUAAAACCGCCUUACUGAAACCUCUUGUCUUGGUUUGUGUCCACUAGGUGUCAGGAUUGGUUUCUUUAAAAUCCCCCAAAAUGCUUAAUGUUCACAAAGGUGAAUGGAUAAUCACAGUUAUAAAAAUGAUCUGUUAAACAGUUACUCUGGAUGAUGUUCAAAAGGCUUGUGGUGGCCUGGCUAUAAACUCAGGAAUGUGAUGAAUUGGUGUCAUGCUCCUUGCGCAGCUCAGAUCACAGAUGUGAAACUUAAACUUUAAUUUAAAGUGCACUAUUGUUUUUAUCCUCACUUCAGUGAAUGUUUGGGGUAGCAUGGAUACCUGUCCAUUAAGGGUGGGGUGGGAUAUAUUUUACCUUGAUUUAUAUUAUCAUUCCUAUCUGUAUUCUUAGUUACAUUCUUCACAUUACAUUCCUUUGGGAAAAGUAGACCACCAUUGACCACAACCUAUCUGUGACGAUAUGAAAUGCAUUGUAGCAUUGGGUGGAAUUCACAAUCCAUUUUUUUACUAUAACUGAAACCCUAAUAAACCGUUAUGCAUUUAUUCAGGCCCAUAUAAAAUCUCUUUCAUUUUGAUUUUUCACAGAUUGUUCAGUAAUGAACUUAAAAUUAAUGUGGCAUGUCCCGAUUCUUUCUUGACAAAAGGAUUUAAUAGCAUGUGUGGCUGUGUACUCAAAAGGUUUAAUUUUAGCCUCAAUCUAUCUGUCUUUUGCACACUGUCCAUCAUGGGUAUGGGGCGUGUCUAUUCAGGCAUACGUGAUAUUAGCUGAACUUUGUCUGUAAAGUUUGGCAGUGAAAACAGAGGUGCCCUCAGAUGCAUGUGACACUACAGAAUCUCACUUCACUACUGUCUGAGGGUGAGUGUUUGGUCAUAUUCUUUAGCUCUCAUUUACGUGGAAUAAAUAGUGGAUGUAUGUGUUUGUUUGAAUAAAUAUAUGUGAUGUAGGCUGUCAACAAUGGACUUAAAAAAAUGGGACAGUUUAGAUAUAUAACGUGCUGAAAAAGUGACUGACUGUAUGUUUGGUUAAUGUUGAAACUAUCUGAAAGAACAGUAGGUAUUGACAUGUACAGCAUUUGUGCUUCUGUUCAGUGUUCAAUAGUAAAAACUGAUCACAUUGAGAAAAUUCGGCUUUUGGGAAAUGUAAAACACCAAAUCUUAUAGUGUAUACGGUGAAAUCAGACGUCUUUUUAUAACAAGGAAGUUUCCAUCUGAAGACUUUUAUUGUCACUACAGGCUAAAGGUUGCAGGCUGGCUAUAAAUCGUAUGAUAUUUAUUUAGAAAAUCUGUUACAUCUGUCAGAAAGAAAGUAAAAGAUAGAUAGACAGAAAAAAAGAAAUGUAUUUAAACAAACUGUGUUAUUUUGAGCAUUUAACACUGCUGUUUUGCUAUUGCCGACUGUUUCACGUUUUAGAAUAACAAGAUCAAGUUUUAAAAUAGCUAUAAAGCUUUAUCUUGUGGGUGUAAUUUUAAAUUUUCACUACGACACAAGUGUUGUUCCAUGCUUUUCACAUGUCAUAAUUUAGUAAAGCUAUAGUAGUUUUUUAGGGACACCCCUUAAACAGUCCGAGCCAAUCAGCAACAGGAGAGCUGUGGUUUCCAGGAAACUGUCCUGCUUUGAGUUUAUCAGGGGUUCACAGUUCACCCUGUCACACAUGGACACCCACUGACAGUCAGUCUAUGAGCAAAACUCCUUUACAACUACGUAAGCUUGUUUGAACGGGCAGACAGUCUUAUCUAUUGUUUUGAUGCAGUACUCGGUGGUUUCACUUGAAGUUUUUCCCCAUGAUGACUAUGUUUUUUUUUAUUUAGCAGAGGCAGUCAUCAAUUGUGAAAGACAGCCCGUGUGAUGCAUGCACACAUCCCUCAGAAGAGGAGCAGGCCGUGAUCCAUUCUCAUCAUUCUCCGACACCUCUUCCUGACCAAAACCAUCCACCCCCCACAGUCCCCAUGACCAGCACACCAAAACACUGGGUGAUAAAACCCUUCUACCCAAAGUUAGAGCAGACAGAUUUCCGCUCCAUAUUGAGCCCUACUGGCCAAAUACAGUCACCAGACCCGUGGAGCAGCAUUCGGGACAGGGACUCUCUAAAGUUCAGCUUUGAAAGCGUAUCAGUAACUGGCAUGCAGCCCACUGUGAUGGUUUCAUACAGGAGUGAGGAGAACACACCAGACGUGGUGGUCCAGGCUCAGCAGGUAGCUGUGUCUGAAGAUGGAAGUGGCAGUGAGGAUUGGAGACCCAGCAAUCCCAGCAGCCCUGGAACCCCAAGCAGCAGCGGCUCACAUGUUGGGUUUUAUUCUUUCGUAGAGAACCUGGCCAGCCCAGAGGCAGAGAUGAAUGAGGCCUACAUGCUUUCUCCAGAGAGGCAGGCUAAAUUGAACACUUUGAAGGAGAAGAGCGCCUUUAGGCUUCAGACAUACGUGGAGGAAAGGAGACCUGGGAGACUGUUUGAAGAAAGUAACGAUGACGAACCUUAUCAUGUCGAGGGUUUCUCUAACGGGAAUGAAGUAGAGGCAAAUCCAGAUCGAAUGGAGAUCAUCCGGAACCAGGCACCUAGGAAAAACCCUGUCCUUAAAGAACAAUGGAGUUCCUUGGAAAAUCUGGAUCUUAGUAACACUCCCCAAAGACUUAUGGAUGGAUUUAGUCUGCGCUACUCCCCUGUCAGUUCAAAGGCUGAAGAGGUCAAGGUGGAGCCUGGCACUAUAGACAAUAUGCAAAUUGAUUUUAAUGCUGCACGCCAGCAGUUUCUAAUGAUGGAAGAGUCGAAGCAAAAAUCCCCCUCGCAGAGUCCCCAACAGCUCCCUUACUCCGCCAAACUGAGAGGAAGGACUCUCUCCCCAAAAGCCAGCAUCUUCCCAUCAAAGCAAGUGAGUCAAGAGAACAGCCUUCGAGAGAACCAGAUCCAAUUGAGAACACAACUAGAGACAAAAAUUAAGACUGUGAGUUUGACUGAGGACCCAGAAGAUGAAGUUCAAAGUAAUGCCAGAGACGAUGUUGACUCUGGGCCCGGUGACCGAAGUGCAGGUUACGUUAGUGAUGGAAACAUUUCAAAUGAUCCUUCCGUUUCAGAAAAAGGGAGUAACUUUUCAACGCACAAUGCAGGGGAGACUCCUAUCGAAAGGGAGAUCAGAAUCAACCAAGAACGGGAAGAAAACCUACGCCGAUCAAGGGGGAUCUUGCGAGCGGACAGUUCAGAGAUGGUGGAGAUCAGGACCAAGCCAAUUCGGAUGUACUUGUCUCCGCAGAUUAAGCCUACGAAAGCCAAAGAUACAAACAGGGUGAGCUUCCUCAUUCAGAGAGGGUUUGAGUGUGAGAAACGGCAACAGAGCCAAAACAGGCUUUCAAGUCUUUAUAUCCAAGAACAGGCUGAAGUCAAAGAGAAGAGCAAGGCAUAUGAGUCACAACCAGAUAAAGGUGCAAUCACAUCUUUGAGGACAAAUCCCAAAGAGACUCCAACAAAUGAGGAAAGGAUGUCUUCUGUAGAGGAUCCUGCACAUGAAAAGAAAAGUGACCUGUCCGACUCGGAGGAAGUUCUGUCACCUUGCUGCCCCCAUCGACAUCCAGAUGAAUCUACAAUUCAGAGAAACUACACUGAGAGCAAAACAUUUGAAUACCAAGAUGGAAAAGCCGAUAUUAUAGAACGUCCUGUGGAAAAUAUCUCUUCUAAAGUAAGGCUUUAUAAAGAUAAUAUUUUUGAGACCCAAUCAAGUACUCUCAAAACAAAGACAGAACCAUUCUGGAUUGCUGAGAAUGGGACCAGCAUGCCAUGGAAGAACAGAUUAUCCUCUCUAAAUAUUCUGUCCCAAUCAGAACCCAAAAAAUACAGCCGGUACACCCCAACUUGGAGAUCUCAUCUCAAGCAUACCACCUGGAGCCCUCAAUUGCUAAAUGCACCAGACAGCAUCCGGGAAGAAAUCGAACAGGACCUCAAGCGAGAACAGGAGCUUCAGGAGCUGAGAGAGUCUGGUACCAAGUCCUUUUCAACAAACAGAGACAUGGGCAGCUCCAAGAAUGCCAAGAAUCUAGAACUAACUUCGACUGAACCUACAUACCCACCAACCAGUGGUGAGGAAAUGGUAUUCUCACCACAAACUUCACAAAAACACUUAAUUGAAGUGGAUCAUUAUUCCUGGAGUCAGGACACCUCUGUUUCCAGAUUAUCAAUACAAGAUAAAGGUACACAGUUGUCCUCACCACGGCUCAGUUCAAGAUUGCCAUCUGUGUCCAUGAUGUCACCCCAGCCGUGGGGCAGCACCAACCCUGUGUCCCCUACUGUUUCAAGGGUAACUCCAACAAAGCCCUCCAGCCCGCAAGCUGACGUGUCCUCGCCUCUCUCUCAGAAAGGUCUGACUGAGACCCUGCUGAAAGAUUUUAAAGACAGACGGGUCAAACUGCAGCUGGAGGAAAGUGCGUACGCUGGGAUACAACCCAUUGAUGACAUUAAUAAUGAGGUUGUAGAAGCCACCCGUGUAACAAGGCAUAAAAACCAGCGAGCUCUGCAGUGGGAGGCUGGCAUGUACGCCAACCAGGAGGCAUAAAAUAUCCAAGACAAGAGCACUGACACAUUAGGAAAAUGUGGUGCUGGGUUGAAUUCCUGAUUGCAUUUACAGGCACUCCGCUCUUUACAAUGCCACUCACAGUUUAUAUGGUUUUUCAGAGACGACUGCCAUGGAGGACGUAGGUGUAGGUGUGGAAAGCAUGUGCUUGGGGUGAAUUGUAUGAAAUUAGCUUCUGUGAACACUUUCUUCAUACUUUUCCUCGCCAAGUACUAACAUUUAAUAUACCAUGUCAGAUAACAGUAACAACACACCCUGCAUUCCUAUGAAGAAUAUUAAACAAAACUUUUAAUUAAGGUGACUGUCUUGUGAGACAGUAAAACAUAAAUAUGCUGAUAAAGUUACUGACCUCCAAACCAAGCACAGGUCAACUUGGUUUUUAUAUCAGGAAUAAAUCCAAAGCAAAGUCUGGACCUGGAAGUCACAACAUAGAAGUCUGUUCAUCUAACAAUCUAUGUAAUAUUGAUGAGAAGCAUGAAAUAUUAAUAGUUAUCUUUUGCUCUAUUGUUUAUAGGAAAUUGAAAUAGUAAACAUUACAAUCUAUAUUAAGAUUAUAUAGAUGGAAAUUAAUACUACAAAAGACUUGAUUCUAGUAUAUUAAUGAUUGUGGACAUAAAAGCUGAUUUUAAUUCAGAUAAUAUAUAUAUGAUUUUUUCCCCCUAAAAAACAAGUUUACAGAUUUUGAUCAGAUAUUUUUUAAAGCAGCAGAGUGUGUGCAAUACAAAUGUCUUUCUUUGCAAAUAUUAUUGUGACAAGCUAUCUCAUCCCCCAACAUCCUAAACCCACUAAUAUCUCACACUCACACAAUAACACAGUCAUUCUAAGGAUAACGUUUGUGCAAUAUUUAUAAAAAAAGUUGUACUUAAUGUUAUUUUGAUGUUCUUCGUGUGUCCAAUGCUGACGAGAAACAUGUACAGUACAUUGUCUUUACACCACAGCACAACAACGUCCUCUAGAGAAUGUCACUAUUAUUACAUGAUGCUUGUUAUGAACGCGUAGGCUACUGAAUGCUAGUCAUGUUAUUUGAUUUGUCUGCUUCUGUAAACAAAACAUUUGUUUAACCUUUUCACGCAUAGUUUAAAAUGUAUCAACUGUUUCCGUGCAGUGAGCUUUUAAUGGUUUCCAUGGUGACGCGGCAUCAAGCUUGUCAUCUGAAUGUGGCUUUUUGCUGACUGGCCAGCACGACAUAUUCAAACCAUGAAAAAUUAUUUGCAUGUACAAACCAUAAUAAAUAAAUCACCCAAUUAAUUCACCCAAUUUUAUUAUUCACCAUAAUUUAUUAAACGUCAUUAUUAAAGGGAGUUAUGAAUGCAUUCUUUCGAAACAAAACAAAAUUAGGCUACUUGCUGUGGUCUACUAUUUAAAAAAAAUUAAGGAUGUUCUGUAUUUGCUGUACUGCAGUUCUUUUGUCUCUUUUGUAAUAUCACCUUAUGUAUCAUUUAUAAAAACAUAAUAUUAAACCACACUGCCCCUCUGUCUGUC